GUGCAGCAGCAGCGGUAGUGUUUCCUUUCAUGGAUUGAAGGAGGGAAGUCCUCUAGUUCGGUGUCGCCUGCAUGCAAAUGGAGUAGACCGGGACAGAGUGAGGCUGGGUUAACACGCUUAUCUGUUACCAGCACUUGACUUUGAGAGGAAGGGAGCUUCGCGUCGAGCCCGGGGAGCUAGACAUCAUUAGUGAGAAUUUUCCAGAGCCUCCACAAAGGCUCAUACAGGUGACAAGUGUUGCCAACUUCACCGCACCGCCUGCACGACGCGCUCAGGGUGCGUGUUGUCCAGCGCCGGUGCGCUGGGUGAGAGCCGCCGCACUUGUUUUGACGUGACAUUUCGCUUACGCAGCUGUGCAUAUGUGGCCACAUAUGACGCAUUUGCCUCCGUAGCUGUUUUUCAAACGCCGGUGGGUUUGGGCGCCAGAGUGAUGCAUUUUCGGACAAGUUUCCCUGCCGACUGGUGUGUUCGUCAUGUCCGACAGGGUUAAACUUGAGCGUUUCUCUGUAGAGUCACUCAGAGCCGGACUCCGUGCUGAAGUUGGUCGGGAAUAACAACUGCGAAGCGCAGAGGAGGGGGGGAAAAGAGGUGACAGCGGCGUUCAGGGGGUGUUGAGCGGCUGAAUUUACUACCAGCAUCAUCAGCAUCUCUGUGUGAGGAUCAAAACUGCGGGAGGCUGCUGCUGCUCACUCCUCUUCAUCUACACACACAGUUUUUUUUUAGCAGAAGCCUGCCAGUGAAUUUCAGCUUCUGAAACCACAGCUGCGUAAACUUGGCCAGAUCUGGUGACAUUGUAGCCUCUCUCUCUGUGUGUGUGUGUGUGUGAGAGAGAGAGAGAGAGAGAGAGAGUGUGUGUGUGUGUUCCUGUGUGCAUGUGUGUGCGGUGAGCAGCCUGGAUGGAUAUGCGGCUCACCGAGGGAAUUUGAAAAGCAAGGGGGGAUUACUAUCAGUCCCUCUCCUAUUAUAACCUCAAAAUGGAUGCCGACGACAGGCUGUGGAAACGCCACUGGAUUAGCCACUCUUGCGCUGAUCUGCUUGACAUCUAAGCGGCACGAACGUUCAAAGUUUGGAUAAUCUAUAAGGUUAAAGGUGUAGGAUGCAGUCUGGAGUGAAGACGCUCUCCGCAGGUGGAGGUGCGUCACUCUGCUGCCUGCUGCUCCUCUGGCUCAUCUACUCCCAUCUGCUCAGAGAGGGCCAAUUGGCGGUGGGAACCUGCGAGAUAGUGAUGCUCAACAGGGACAGCAGCGUUCCCAGACGGACCAUUGCCAGGCAGACAGCCCGCUGCGCCUGCCGGAGAGGCCAGAUUGCCGGGACCACAAGGGCGAGGCCGGCCUGUGUAGACGCGCGAAUUGUGCGGAGCCGUCAGUGGUGUGAGAUGGCUCCCUGCCUGGAGGGGGAGGUCUGCAGCCUCCUGUUCAACCGAUCCGGCUGGACCUGCACCAGGGGCAGUGGUCGCAUCAAGACCGUCACGCCUUUGCCCAAGGAGCCGUCGUAGGCUGCAGAAGAAAACAGCAGGCUCAUUGACAUCCUCAAUUCAAACAGGAUCUGAUGCCAGUCACUACACCCGAACAUUGUGUCCAUUCACCAAUGAGGCUCCAAAACUUUACACCAGGCCUGACCUUCAGUAAAAAAAAUUAAAAACAAAAAAUUCCCCCCGAGCUUCUCCAAUCACCACAGUGAAAGAGUCUCUGCAUACACUUCUGAGAACUCUGAGAAGUCUCAAGUGAGCAGCAUGGUACACCAUCGGCAUUGAAUUUUCACUGCAGCUAAAUUCAUGGACACAUCAUAGAAGAAAACCCUGAAAGGAACAGUUAUGAACAGGGUAGUGGAAUAUUCAUUGAACUACUUUACCUUUUGUUUUUUGUUUUCUUGUUAGCCACCAUUCAGUCUGCAGGGGGCAGCUCUUGAAGAUUUUUGGUACCUUUGUAGCUUGAUUAAGACUUUGUCAGAAGGUCUUUCAAAAGUCAGCCCCUUCAUCUUCUUUACUGUCACUGCUAUGAAGCUGUCCAGGGUUAUAUUCCAGCCAAGUUUCUUUAAUGACAGUUCGCUGCUGAAGAGUCGUGGCUUUACUGAGAUUGAGCCAGGCCGUGUUGUCCAUUGGAUUCUAGCCUUUUAACACCUUUCUCUCAUUUGGCUGGGUGAAACUUUAUGAGGCCAGAGCCAAAAUCUCUACAUACGCAGUGUGGCUAAUGUGGAUGUGAAAAAGCAUGAACGUCUAUGGGAAUGUCACAGAAGAGACGACACAGAUGAGCUGAGCCUCAGUGAAUGAAGGUCAUGAUGGUAACGUGGACAUUUUGGAUGACUUAGCUUAUAACUUAUGUUUUUUAUGUGGUGCCAACAUAGACUAGAAGAGUAGUUUUUGUCAAUGAACCUCACACAUCUUGUACACACCACUGGGAGCAUUUAGCAGAUGUGGACCCCUGGCUCAUUUUAAUGGUCCAUACUUCAUGUGUGUGUGUGUGUGUGUGUGUGUGUGCGCGCGUGUGCGUGUGUUGGACAUGCAGAGAUACACUGUGAAAUAAGUCAUAUCCGAUGCAUUAAUCAUUCUCUUGUAUAUUUUGGGGACACGCCCAGACCAGACCUCACCAUCUGGCAAAAAGAAGCAUUUGUGAUUUUACAGAUGUUGGAUUUCAUUUGAAUCGCAGAUACGCAAAUGAAUCCUGUGUUUGCCUUUUCUUUUUCUUUCUUGUCUUUUCUUUAGUAUAUAGAGAUAUUUAUAUUGGGGAAAAUAUUAUUGAAACUGGGGAAAGAUCUAAAGUAUGUCACAUAAGUUAAAUUCUGUAAUUAAAAAAUCAAUUUAUGUGUGAUUAAAUGUAUUUCAGAAUCCUUGUCUAAAUUGACUAUAUUUUGAUAUGAAAUGUUUUGGCCAGCUGGAAGUGUUAUUUGCUGAUUUCAGACGCUUGAUAUAUUUAAAGUUAUAUUGUGUAUAUAUACAUAUAUAUUCAGUUAAUCUAUUUUAUGUUCUGUGGAUCUCAUUCCAAGAGAAGGUGAAGAAAAGGAGGAGCACAAGAGUACAAGAGGUGGAGUGAAAUAUUUCAACAACACAGAAGAAAAUAAAACACAGUCCAAGUACCACAAUACCACAAGCUACAGUAAUCUAACAGAGGUAAUGUUUGCUGCAGGGUGAUUUCAUAUUGUACAGGUGUUCCUGUUAAUGUGUCUGCUCCCUGUUUUGUUUUUUAAUUUUAUUUCUUUGUUCUAAAAAAAAAUCUGUACAUCUCCAUCUUAAUGUAUGCAUUUUAGGAUAUAAAGAGAGCGACCGCUCCUGGAGCUGUGGAGUGUGUAUUUGGUGUGUGUGUGUGUGUGUGUGUGUGUGUGUGUGUGUGUGUGUUUUCCAGGUUAAAAGUGGUUUGUGUAGUGAAAAAAUACCAAUUUCCACCUGAUCCCUUACCUUUGAUUUCAUGCUGCCUCCAUUUAUCGCCUCUUUGGUUUCCACUCACCUUAAAUAAAUCGUCCCUUUGAUUUGACUCAUUGUCAACGCAGGAACUGCUGCUGCAGUCCCUCUCAGCCGGUCAAUGGCUGCUAGAGUUUUUAGUGAAAUCUGAAAAAGAACAAAUUUCUGGACCUCCUCCUCUAAAUGUCAGAACAGUAGGUAGGCAGUCAGCACAAUUAAGUUUUCUAUAUUAGCACUGAGCCGCUAACACUGGAGCUCUGACACAGUGUGGUGGAGGGACUAUCUAAGACCCCAAGCUGAGAGAAUGUUCUCAAAUUGACAGGACUAUAUAUGCCUUUAGUGUUCCUCAGAUGUCUAUAUAUAAAUGUUUUGUCCUUUUAUUUCACACUGUCCUUGUUUUGAUAGAGGUAUUGGGUGAAAACUACAAAACUGCAGGCCAAUUAUUUCCCAAACAUGAAACUCAACACAAACAACACAAACAUGAAAGCAACAGUAUCUGAGACAAAAGUUUUCUUGUGCAGGUUAAAAUGAAAUUUAGGCCCAUGUACAUCAUGUAUUAUAAUGCAUAGUGCAUUAAAACAGCAGCAUAUUGCUUUACAAACGUUGUCAUAACCUUCAUGUGAGGGAUGAUUGACAGUGGGAUGUGUGGUAAUUAAAGAAUAAUGCACAGUGUGAUGUACUUUUUUUCAUAACUGCACAGAGCAUCAUGAUUUUUCCAUCUAAUAACACGAACAAUUAAAAAAGUACACUUAA